AUGAAGACAGUUCCAAGGAAACAACCACAACUGUUACUGCACGGAAGAAUUUCUCAUAAUGUUCUAGCUACCCUUGCUGCAUCAGCAUCUAGAAGUAUUGAAGAAAUUGGUGAACAAUUUUCGAGUAUGCACAGUGAAACUUGGGGAUGGAGCUCGGAAUCAGAGUCUCAACCUUCAUACCACCAAAACAAUAAAUAUCUAUUCUCUACAUCAGAUACUGGUAAACAUCUUGUUUGGGCAUCUCAAAAUUAUUUUGUGAUAUUGGCGUUAGAUGAGACAAAAAAGGAAUUCCAAGUUGUUGGCCAGGGAAACGGUUGUUUUCAAGAAGGGGAAAGGAUAACGGCUGUAUUGUGUUUACCAUUUUUUAUGCCGUCAUCCAAUAAUGGUCAAAUAUUUGUUGUUCUUGGAUAUAAUACAGGAUAUAUAAGGAUAUUUACAGAG